AUGGAAUGGGGCGGGUAUGGUGAGUUCUUUGGUCGUCUGAAGAGGUGUGAUGUUCCUGUGCUGAUCUUCUCGGCAGGCCUGGGGGACGUCCUACUGGAGAUCCUUAAACACAACAAUGUGCUCAGCUCCAACCUCUCCAUACGAGCCAACUUCAUGCACUUUAGUGAGGAGGGAUUGCUGCAGGGCUGUAAAGAGCCCCUCAUACACACUUUCAACAAGGGGGAGGGGCAUCUAGCAAGCCCCACCCAUACGGCACAUGACCGCCCCAAUGUGUUGUUGCUAGGAGACUCUCUAGGUGAUGUCAGCAUGGCAGAUAACCUCACCAACGUCAUGAACGUCCUCCGCAUCGGCUUCCUCAAUGACAAGAGGAAAGGAGAGCGGCCUACUCCUCCUCGUAUGACAUUGUCCUGGAGAGGGACGAGACGCUGGACAUCCCCAACGCCAUUCUGCGCUACAUCUCCAUGAAAACAGACUCAUAACCUGACCUUUCACCUCAGAGCAGAAGGAGGAGCCAAACACCAUGGCAACUCUAACAGGACUCCUCCCCCAUGGGCUGUUGCUGCUACUGUUCCCUAAAGGCCACACCCUUCCUGCAGUGUUCUGUUCCGGAGUGUUUCCGCGGAUCAUUCUGGAAGGGUUGGGUAGUUAGGAUAGAGUUGGGUAGUUAGGUUAGGGUUGGGUAGUUAGGUUAGGGUUGGGUAGGGUAGUUAGGAUAGAGUUGGGUAGUUAGGUUAGGGUUAGGGUAGUUAGUUAGCGAUAGGUUAAGGUUGGGUUAGAUAUAGAUCAGAGUUGGGUUAGGGUAAGGCGUAGGAUUGGGUUAGAGAUAAGUUUGAGUUUGGUUAGGUUUGGUUUCGGUCAGGUUUUUAGGGUUAGGGCUGCUUUGAUGGACCAGAUUUGAUGGUCCUCCUUUACUCCCCUCUCACAAGGUGCUCAGGGUUCAGGGCUUAGUGGCUCACUAGCUGUGCAGCGACAGCUGUCAGAAAUGGAUCUAUACUCUGCUUCACUUCAAAUACGCAAGUCUAUUUUCAACAGACGCCACUACUGGGACACCUCUUCACCCAGUUUAACAGCCAAUCAGGUAAUUCAUUCCUCUUUACACAGUUUAACAGCCAAUCAGGUAGUUCAUUCCUCUUCACACAGUUUAACAGCAAAUCAGGUAGUUCAUUCCUCUUCACACAGUUUAACAGCCAAUCAGGUAGUUCAUUCCUCUUCACACAGUUUAACAGCCAAUCAGGUAGUUCAUUCCUCCUGAAAGGGUUCCCUUCCUGAUUGUACAUCGCAUUCUAACUACGGUCGCUACCUUGUACUACUGUUUUAAGGUAAACUAAACAUUUCAACCAUCUUGAAAUGUACAAUAUCUGACUAGUUUGCUGCUGCUGAUUGUGGAAAAAGGCUAUUUGUAUUUUUAAAAGUUAAAACUGCCACAAAUCAGAACAUGAAACCUCGACUACAUAGCUAUGGGCACCGUGGAAGCAGAGAAAUGUGCAACACAACGGAGACACUUCCCUACAGGACAAUAAAGCGUAACUGAACUGAGACACUUCCCUACAGGAUAAUAAAGUGUAACUGAACUGAGACAGUUUGCUUCUGAUAUGCACGUGAAGAUGAGCAAAGGACAGAGCAAUAAUACACACUGCACACUGUUGUGUUGGCAAAGGGAGGCUUAAGAAGGUAUUACAAGCAGGGGUGCCAAUAAUUGUGAGCGACGUGCUUUUGUUGAAAAUAUUUAUUCAUG